UUGACGUUAUAAAUAAAUCAUAAUGCGAAAAAAUCAUCAAAAAUCAACAGUAAACAAACAAAACAUUUUAUUUAAUUGGUUUUCACUUUUCACUACAUAUGUACUACUUCAAUUAUUAUGGAUGGUAAUAAUCAAAACAACUGGGAUGUUCAUUCAAUAAAACGUAUAAAUACAGACACUGUUCACAAAAUAUGCUCGGGACAGGUUGUUCUAAGCCUUGCAGUAGCAGUGAAGGAGCUGGUAGAGAACUCCUUAGAUGCUAAGGCCACAAAUAUAGACAUCAGACUCAAAAAUUAUGGUACUGAGCUCAUUGAAGUUUCUGAUAAUGGAUCUGGAGUCACUGAGGAUAAUUUUGCUGCUUUAACACUUAAGUAUCACACCUCUAAGCUAAGUGAUUACUCAGAUCUACUAGGAGUUGCAAGUUUUGGCUUCCGAGGUGAGGCUUUGAGUUCUUUAUGUGAACUCUCGAAUCUUACAAUUACGACUAGGCAUCAGAGUUCCAGCUAUGCAACAAAAAUUGAGUAUGAUAAUAAGGGAAAUAUUGUCAAAAAAACACCAUGUUCUCGACAAAUUGGAACGACAGUUUCAUUAACGAAUUUAUUCUCAUCACUUCCUGUUAGAAAAAAGGAAUUUCAUAAAAAUGCUAAAAGAGAAUUCAAUAAAAUGACACAGUUGCUCUAUGCAUAUUGUUUAAUUUCACUAGGAGUCAAGAUAACUUGCAGUAAUCAAACCAACUCUAAUCCAAAGUCAUUGGUGGUAGCGACUCAAGGAUCCACUUCAUACAAAGACAAUAUAGCCUGUGUAUUUGGAAUUAAACAGCUGCAAAGUAUUCUAGAACUGAAACCAGAACAAGUAACAAAUAUCAAGGAUAAUAUAUUUAGAGGGUUAUCUGGAGAGGUUGAGAAGUCUGAGGAAAGUGUACACAUUGAAGACGUUGAAAUAGAUUUAUCAGAAGAUUCAAAUGAGGCUGAUGAAAUUAAAAAUUCUCAAGAAAGUGUAAGCAGUUCUCAGAAAUCCCUAGGGUAUAAGAAUGUAGUCAACCCAGUGGAAUUCACUGGUUUUAUAUCAUCUUGUGCUCAUGGUAGUGGCAGGUCUUCUACUGAUAGACAAUUUUACUAUGUUAAUUCUAGACCCUGUGAACCAACUAAAGUGGUUAAAUUAAUAAAUGAAGUAUACAGACAGUACAAUCCUAAUCAGUACCCAUUUGUAUUUUUAAAUAUAAAAAUGGACAGAACCACUGUUGAUGUCAAUGUUACUCCAGAUAAAAGAAAAGUGUUUUUGAUCAAAGAAAAAUUGGUACUAGAUACAUUAAAAAACUCUAUACUUAAGUUGUAUGAAAGUAUUCCUAGAACUCUUAAAGUUAACCAGUCCAGUACUCUCUAUACAGAAGGAGAUAGACCAAGUGAUGUCAAAUCGGAGGUGGAUCAGCCUAGAAUAUUUCAAUCAUUUUUGCAAACAUUUAGCAAUAAGUCAAGAAGUGUAUCUGACAUCCCAAAAAAUGAAUCCAUUGAAAAGAAAGUAGAAUUGAAGCGAAAGUCAACAUCAAUGUUACAAUAUGUUUCAUCUAAGACAAUCAAAAGGGAUGAUUAUCAUAGCAGUAAAACUAUAAAUGAAGAAGUUAAAGCUGGGUCAACAGAUGAAUAUGAACCAAAACCAUUAUGCAAUGUUGCAGUCUGGAAUAAUAAUGAUGAAUCCAAAAUACAAUUGAAUAAAAAUGACUUAUUGAAAUCUGAAAACAUAAUUUAUGACAAAAGCAAUAUAAUAUAUUUGGAAAAUGCUGAUACUCUACCUGAUACCCAGAUAAGAAAAGUGAGUGAUGUUAUUAUUGAAAAGGAACAUUCUAUUAGUUGUAGAACAACAAAUCUACCAACCAAGCCUAAUAUUACGAAAGUCCUAAUAUUAGAGAAGUCUCCAAAUAAACUAGAAAAGAAGGUUAUAACAGACAAAGAAUAUCUUGGUAAACAUAGCAGGAAAUCUGUUAACCUGAAGAUAUCAUUAGAAGAAGUUCAGAAUAUGACAAAGAUAUAUAAUCAAAGGGAUCAAACAUCUGUUCCUGAAUCAGUUAAAUUUCGAACUGAAAUAAAUCCUGUUCAUAACAAAAAAUGUGAAGAGGAAUUGAGUAGAGAAAUAUCUAAAGACUCUUUUAGGCAGAUGAAAGUUAUAGGUCAAUUUAAUUUAGGAUUUAUCAUAACACGCUUAGGCGAGGAUUUGUUCAUAAUAGAUCAGCAUGCAACUGAUGAGAUUUAUAAUUUCGAGACUUUACAAAGAACUACAGAGUUGACCAAUCAGAAAUUGGUAAUUCCACAGCAAUUGGAAUUAUCUGGAGUAAAUGAACAAAUUCUCAUGGACAAUUUGGAUGUUUUUAAGAAAAAUGGUUUUACAUUUGAAGUGAAUGAGAAUGCAUUACCCACGAAAAGAGUAAAGCUUCUAACUAUACCUAUGUCAAAAAACUGGAUUUUUGGUAAAGAAGAUAUUGAGGAACUGUUAUUUAUGUUAAGAGAAAACCCAUCAGAAUAUAGCAGACCAAGCAGAGUGAGAGCUAUGUUCGCUUCGAGGGCGUGUCGGAAGUCCGUUAUGAUCGGCACGGCGCUCAGCAAGUCCGACAUGAAGAUUCUUGUCGACCAUAUGGCCGAAAUAGAUAAACCAUGGAAUUGUCCACAUGGCAGACCAACAAUUAGGCACCUAGUAAAUCUUGCUUUGGUACAUUUAAAAGAUACGUAAUUUUAUAAAUAUUAUUUUUCGAUAAUUUUGUGCUGUAUUGUUGCUAAAUCAUGGAUAUUAUACAAUAAAUCAAACAGC